UCCAGUAAAUCAACGAACACUAAAUCAGCAGGAAACAAAUCCUCUAUAUUCGUAAUCCGAGCAAAGUGCUGUUGGUUAUCAGGCCAACCUAAAACUAAUUCAUCGGUGUUUUCUCUUGGUUCAUGGUGCCUAUUCCCCCCAAUUGGGCUACCCGGAGCAGCUUCAAAAGCCCUUUGA